GGAGGUGUUGUUCGGUCAACCUUCAAACGAUCAGAAGUUUCUCACUGAUGUAAUAGCAGUAGUUUCGGGGUGAAUGCAACAUGAGUCGAGUUUUUCUCACCACAGCUAGGUUUCUGAGGACGCAGGGGGCUCGGUCGGCUUUCCUGCGGGCCCUGAGCAGUGAGGCAGCGGACACGGGGAGCCGGGAACACAUCGACGGGCUGGUGAAGAAGGACAAGGUGGUGGUGUUUAUGAAGGGUGUUCCACAGCAGCCCAUGUGCGGCUUCAGUAACGCCGUGGUACAGAUCCUCAGGAUGCACGGAGUCGACAACUACUCCUCUUACAACGUCUUAGAAGACGAGAAUCUUAGACAAGGUAUCAAGGACUACAGUAGCUGGCCAACCAUCCCACAAGUCUUCCUGAGCGGGGAGUUUGUGGGCGGCUGUGACAUCUUACUGCAGAUGCACCAGAACGGAGACCUGGUGGAGGAACUACAGAAGGUCGGCAUCAGGUCGGCCCUGCUGGACAAACAACCAGACACAGACAAGGACAAGCAAUGACCUGGAGAUAUAGACCUGGAGAUGUCUCCUGGUACAAUCAGGGGUGGCAUCAUUGCAGAAAUGGACUGGAACAUUAUAGAACAUUGGGGCGGCCAUUUAGGAGUCAUUAUAGCAACUGUGUGAUGUCAACACUUGCCUACACAGAAACAAACAAGGCUUCAGCAUUUUACUAACCUGACAUCCAACCAUGUUCAGCUUGUAUCUGCUGCCAAAAAGGCAGUCAGAAAUUGAGUGGACAAGAGCCAAUAUGGAUGGAUGUCAAGUGUUUCAUGUUAAUCGAUUUGUUAUUAGAUACAACAUAUGCAUGUAAUGUUACUUAUAAAUUUUGAUGGUUAUCUGGAACUUGAAUAGCUGAAUGUACUGUGUACAUUCAAGAUAAGUAGAAACUGCUAAGGGUGGCAGUUGUGAUUUUUUAAACAAUCUUACUGCUACUAGGUUGUGCUGGCUUCAAAACACAAGGUGAUUGGUCUAUGAAUAUGAAUAUUAAACUUAAAAUUUCCUGCCAAGUUGACUUUACUCUAUUCAUUCAAUCUUCCUCAUCUCAGCUCAUUUCUUUGUAUCAUUACACGUACUGCCUUCCAGAUGUUGUAUUUGCCAUGGAGGAAAAAUUCCAUAAGGUAUGAUUUGUUCUAACUUUUCACAUAGAAAGGUUAGUUGUAAAGCUGUUUUUUAUGUUGCUGUUGCUGUCAACUAUUGAUAUGACAGUUCAAGUGAUCACAAGAUAGUUCGAUUUAAUCUUGCUUCAUACUCACUGUUAUCAUUUGUACCAUAUGGGCAAUAAAUCUGAAUUUGAAGUUAAA